CUCCCUGGCAAUUGGAACCACAACUGGAUACAAGCUCUUCUCCUUAAGUUCUGUGGAGCAACUAGACCAGGUCCAUGAAAGCAAUGAAAUCCCAGAUGUUUACAUCGUGGAGCGUCUGUUCUCCAGCAGCCUUGUGGUUGUGGUCAGUCAUGCCAAGCCACAGCAAAUGAAUGUCUACCACUUCAAGAAAGGGACAGAGAUCUGCAACUACAGCUAUUCCAGUAACAUACUGUCCAUCCGGCUGAAUCGUCAGAGGCUGGUUGUUUGCCUGGAGGAGUCAAUUUACAUCCAUAACAUUAAGGACAUGAAGCUUUUGAAGACUAUUCUGGAUACACCUCCAAAUACAACAGGUCUGUGCGCUCUCUCAAUCAACCACGCCAACUCCUACUUGGCUUAUCCCGGCAGCGCGACCAGCGGAGAGAUCGUGCUUUACGACGGAAAUACUUUGAAAACAGCCUGCACGAUUCCUGCCCAUGACGGGCCUCUGGCUGCUCUCGCCUUCAACUCCACCGGCUCGAAGUUGGCAAGUGCUUCCGAAAAAGGCACAGUCAUUCGUGUAUUUUCCAUUCCUGGUGGGCAAAAGCUCUAUGAAUUCCGGCGAGGGAUGAAAAGGUAUGUGAACAUCAGCUCUCUGGUCUUCAGCAUGGAUUCCCAGUUCCUCUGUGCUUCCAGCAACACGGAGACCGUGCACAUCUUUAAACUGGAGCAUCUCUCUGACAGCCGGUCAGAAGAGCCUCCAACCUGGAGCGGUUACAUGGGAAAGAUGUUCCAGGCUGCUACCAACUACCUCCCUGCUCAGGUAUCGGGCAUGAUGAACCAGGAUCGAGCCUUUGCCACUGUCCGCCUGAACAUCUCUGGACAAAGGAACAUCUGCACCCUCUCCACGAUUCAGAAGCUGCCUCGACUCUUGGUGACUACGUCAGAUGGACAUCUCUAUAUCUAUAACUUGGACCCCCAAGAUGGAGGGGAGUGUGUCUUAAUUAAGAAACACAGUCUGCUUGGCUCAGGAAAGAUGGAGGAGAACAAAGAAAAUGACCUUCGGCCUCCAUUACCUCAAUCUUAUGCAGCAACUGUAGCCAGACAAAGUACAGUGCCUUCAACUUCGACCAUGCCAGGUUAUUCGGAGGACGGUGGUGCCCUGCGAGGAGAGGUUAUCCCAGAGCAUGAGUUUGCAACUGGACCAGUGUGUCUUGAUGACGAGAAUGAGUUUCCUCCUAUAAUCUUGUGCCGUGGAGGUCAGCCGGGCAAAGCGAAGAGGUCAUGAUGAGAAGCAAACAUCCGCGCUUAGGACAGCUGCUGGGAAGUGCUUUGGAAAAGCCAGGAAUUUCGAAGAACAGAUUUGUGAGUCCCCAAGAUGAGAAAAAAAAAAAAACCCAAAUCCAAGGUGGGCCACUGCUUUCUCCUACGGUAUGUUUAAGUGAAUACCCGGCCCCACUAGCCCCUUGUUUUAAUUUGUGUCUGAGUGGGGUGUUAAUGUACUGUAUGCACAUCACUAUAUUUAACAAACUAUAUGUUAGAACGACAAUGUAAAUGCUAAUUUAAUCAGAUUUGUAUGUAACCAGAAUUUUAUAUACCCAUUUGUCCCUUUUCUAAUUUAUGCUGGUUUAUGUGUAUAAAUGUACUUAUAGGAAGGUAUAUUAAACUUAUGUCUUUGUACAGUAUAUACAUACUAUUUUACCCAGGCAAAGUAUUUUUGCAGUGAUAUUAGAGAAGAUGCCAUUUGCUAUGUUUAACGACAGAAUAAAGUCACGGUCUGUCCCUGGCA